AAAUUUCUGUUUCAGCCCAAAAUCCAAGUAAAUCGAGAAUGCAUCGCUGGUUCUUUGCCACAGAGCGGGAGGCGUGUGCACCACUAGAGCCGGAGGAUGCCGAACCCAAGCAGGAAGUGCAGAAUCAAAAGGAUACAGUUAAAGAAAUUAUAUACACCGAUUUCCCAUUCUGUGUAAAGGUGAAGAAGGUGCUGCAAGGCAACGAAUGCGUUGCAAUUAGUGGCAACUGUGAUGCGCUCGGCAAUUGGCAGCCCAACCGGGUACAUCUGAUGCAAGCCGUAAAAUGUCACGGUGAGUCGCAGUGUUGUUGCCCCACAUUUGGGGCAACUGUGCGCAUACCGCGCAACAAGGAUGUCGAAUAUCGCUACUGCAUCGUCGGCUACGAUCCACUGAUCGAGCAGGAUAUUAUUAUCCGGUACUGGGAAGUAAUGCCAAGACCCAGGCUAAUCCGCACCUGUGACAAUACUUUGAGGUUAUGUGAGAUUUUCGGGAAGCACGCAGAAUUCGGCGAGGAAUCGCGAAUCGAUCGGGGCUGGGCAACCGUUGAGACAAUUGUACAAUUUAAGAUCUUCAAUGCACCUUUUGUUUGGCUGCAACAGCCGCGGAGAUUGUUGCACGUGCACCUGCAACCGAUGUACGAACUGGAGCCGACCGAGUGUCGAGUGCGCGCCAGUGUUGAGCAACCCCUGCGACUGACCACAGUAGAAGUGUUGCCAAGCGAAUCCAGUCGCAGCACAGCACUGGCCUUCGCCGAGGUGGCAAACUUGAAAUGCAGCCAACGUUUGCAUUACCAAGCGGUGAGUGGCUCCCGCUGUGGUCCCGACGAUCUGCAGCUAUAUCACUGCAGCAUAAGGUAUCCCGAGCAGACCCUAUAUCGUCUCGAUCUGUACACGUAUGCGCACAAGGCAGCUGCGGAUGAGCCAGCCUAUCACUAUGGCUAUGGCUUUAUAAGGCCAGAACAGCUGAUCGACUCUGAGGGACAGUUGCGUGUUAAGAUCAGCUGUGCCUCAACGCAUCGUCCUCUGAUUGAGAUGUGCUUGAGAUACUUGAUAAUACGCCCCCUGGCGGCGAUCAGUUCCAACUUGAGCUGUAGCUUUGAGCGCUAUUGGCGGGCGCAGAGAAGUGCCUUGGAUAUCGGUCAUCGGGGCACGGGGAAUACUUAUCGAUUGGCGGCGAAUGUGCAUCGCGAGAAUACCCUGUAUGCCUUCAAGCAGGCCGCGUUGCAUGAUGCUCAUCUCGUUGAGCUCGAUGUGCAUUUGACGCAAGAUGCUCAGGUUGUGGUGCAUCAUGAUCAUGUUUUAAGGUUCUCGCUGGCUUCUGCGGCAUGUGCGGAAAAGUUACUCGAUGAUGAUUAUGAUGUGUGGAUCUUUCCACACGAGCAUUUGAAUCGCUUGCAACUGUUGGCCAUGGGCGGUGUUAAGCGGGGGCAACACCUGGUGGUGCCCCUCGAGGCAUUUACCUACGAGCAGCUGAGACUGGCGCAGCCACUGCGCUUUGCGGCCAGCAACAGUGAUGCAUGUGGCACGGACUGUGAUUUAACGGAUCAGUUGCCAUUUCCGUUGCUCAGCGAUGUCUUCAGCCACGAAUUGUCCGACAAACUUGGCAUUUGCAUCGAGUUAAAGUGGCCUCAGCAGGUGAGUCGUCGUCGCUGGGAGGGGGAUGGUUUCCGGCCCACUUUCGAUCGCAAUUUCUAUGUGGACACCAUACUGGAGAUAGUCUUCAGAUUGGCGGGCAAGCGUCGCAUUAUCUUUGCCAGUUUCGAUGCGGAUAUCUGCGUCAUGUUGCGCUAUAAACAGAAUCUGUAUCCGGUCACCUUGUUGCUGCUGCAUGCGGAGCAACCCGUCCAGUUUUUGGAUCAGCGGGUUAGCAUUUUCGAGAAUGCCGCCAAUUUUGCAUAUAUUAUGGAGUUUUUCGGGCUGAAUUUGCACAGCGGUUGGCUGCUGAAGCAACCCUUGAGCCUGGGUCUGAUCAAGGAUCUGCGCAUGCAGCUGAUUUGCUGGGGACCCGACAACAAUGACGAACUCGUCCGCAGCAAACUGAAGCGUUAUGGAGUCGUUGCCGUCGUCUAUGAUCGCAUCGAUCAGUUCGAUCAGCAGCUGGGCGAGCAACUACAGGGUAUCGUCUGCUGCAUCGACUCGAUGGCAACCCGAAACUAUAUUCGCAGAUUGCAGGACGAGGAGCGGCAGCUCAAGUGUGGCAAGCGGGAUUGGAAUGUGGAAGAGGCAGGAUCACUGGGAGUGGAGUGACUGAUGUUCUACAAGAAAGUAUCGAGGAUUGUAUUCAGUUUUAAGUAAAAUUAUGUCAAGUACAAUUUAUUUACAUUUAUUUAUUUCAAUAUUCAAUAUCGAUUAAUAUUAUAAAAUACUAACAAUAAUAUGUCGAUUAAGAGGAGUCUAUCAGAGAGAGAUAUACCACAACAUUAUAUAUCAUUAUUACGGCAAAACGGAAUAAA